GGAUGAAUCAAACAGAAACUCUUCCAGAGCUCUAUCUCUCAGAGCAUCCUUGCAGACAAGUGAGUCUCGCCUUCUCGCUUUAACCCAGGAUUAGACACUUGACAUUGGACAUGAACAAGACUGAGGCUCCCUCCACAACCAUAGUCCUGCCAUUCAAAGAAGACGCAGCGCUGACAGAGAUGAUGCGUCUACGUGUGUCGUCUCUUCAGCGGUCAGGGCAGAAGCGCCAGGAUGGCGAGCGUCUGCUUCUUCCCCAUGAGGCCGUAUAUCGGCUGGACUUCCACAACCAGCAGCUGAACUUCUCCCGUUGGGAUUUCUCCCUCUCUGGCCAUGGUCGUGUCACCAUCACUGGUAUUUGCCAGCUCUGGACCCCUGACCUCACCAACCUGAUGACGCGCCAAUUAAUGGAACCCAUCGGAACAAUCUGGCGCAACUCUGGCGACCCAGAGGAUUCUCCGCUCAAAUACCUGGAGGCGGACAUGCAGGAGUUCGGUGAAAGGAUUGCAGAGCUCGCAAAGGUCAGGAAGGUCAUGUAUUUCCUGUUUGCUUUCAAGGAUGGAGCAGAAGCAGCAAAUCUCAGCUGCUCAGUGGAGUUCACACCAGAGAAAUGACAGAAAAGCAUCUACAAUAUUUUUUUCAUCAACCUUUAAGA